AUUUAUUCAAAUGUUAUAAAUAUUUUAAUCUCCCUUGUAUAACAACAAUUUUGAAGUUUCUUUCCCUACUACUGCCGUAUAAAAUGGAGAGCAAGUGUAUGAGCGUGUAUCCUGGAGCGUGCACUGUAGCUCUAAGGCGAGUUAUGGAUGCGAUGUCGUUGUUCUAUGAAAAGCGUUCAGAAGCCCAUCGACGCAAACAUUUUAAAGUGAUCCAAUGUCCAAGGCCAGGACUUUGUUUCGUCUUCCACGGAAUGAUCCUAAUGGCAUGUGAGCAUUUUGUUAUUGAUUUUCUCACCAAGCAGGGAAGUGAAAUAUGCGAGGAGUGCGAUGUCCUACUGCAAAUAGGAUCACGACUUCCUCAAAAUUAUAUAACGCGUAAUUCUCGUCUUAAGGGAAAAUGGGGACCCGAGGAAAAUUCUUCAUAUUUAACCUUCCAGCUGAACCGGGGAAAGUCUUUUUGGAUGCAAAUAUUGCUUACUGAGGAGUGCUUCUUUAUUUCUGUCAACGGCUAUCAUUUUGCGAAAUAUUUUCACCGUAUGCCUUAUCGGUGGUUGGAAGCUGUGGAUGUACUCGGAGAUGUCUCCGACAUCGUUAUCGAUACAUACUAUGUUUCCGAGUAUCCUAUACGCCUAACACACUCAUUGCCUCGACCCAUUCCACAUUCAAACAAACUUCCCCGAGAUGGAGAGAACGUGGAAACUGAAUGGAUGGUUUUAUCUUCUCUGGCAAAGAUGUCAUCUAAAAAGUUCCUCUACCAGCCGAGCCUCCCUCUUCCUUUCUAUGGAAAGCUGUUAAAAGAAAACUUCCUCAUUGAAGGAAGUUCACUACGAAUAGAAGGUCGUGUCCGAUUGAUGCCCCAAAGAUUCAGUAUAGCGUUUCAGAAAGGACAGGAAAUUUGGCCGCAACCCACAGUGUCAUUCUAUUUCAGCCCAUGUUUCUUGCGUAGUAGACAUGACAAAAUCGGCACGGCUAUUAUUACACGACGUGCCUAUUUAAACGGCGAUUGGGUGAACUGCACAGUGUCUCGCUUAAAUACAAGUCUAAGGCCAGGAGGCGCCUUUGUCAUAGUAAUUGCUUGCAGAGACAGCUAUUACGAACUGUUUGUAAACAACAGGUCCUUGUUUCAUUUUAAGUAUCAAAUGAGGCCAGAGUGCGUCGACAUUGUGAAUAUUCGUGGAGAUAUCAAGCUUUGGGAAGUAGCAAUCCAAGGCAACACUACUUACAAAAAACCAAAAGUUCGAUCUGCUAUGGAACGAGCAAUAAGUGCCUGGAAGCGAGCUGAAAUCCCCCAACUUCAAAUAUAAUUCAAUCAGACUUGAAAAUCAAUCAUUCCGUGAAAAGCAAAUUACAUGAAUUAAUAAAUCAAUGACGUCCAAAU